UUUUACCGGGACUAUUUCACAGGUGAAGAAAUAGGUAACUAGCCAUGUUCUUACUGAAUUUCUUAUUGUUCUGAAUUUAAAGUUCUUACGUUACCGAAAACAUAAUAACGUGUGUUUUUAAUAAGAACAGUAAAGCUUAAUAAUCUUCUCCGUGUAAUUCUUAGACAAAAAUUAUGACACUUAGUUAUUUGCUCUGACUUUCAGUCUGAGCAAAGUCUGGUAGAGAGAAUGGAAAGUAGAGUGACAAUGACGAUUGUUCAUUAACGAGGGUGGUAGAGUAAGCAAGAAAUGAUCUUUUUUUUUCAUCAAGCCCUCGCCUUUGUGGGCAAUAAUAAGCUAAGUAGUCAACUAAUUACUAAGAAAAUAAUUAAUAAUAAACAUAAGGGUUGCAAGGUGAAUGUGUACAGAAAUAGUGGUUAGUACAGGUAUUUACAAGGGUCCUGGGGUCAGAAAGUAUGUCUUAUGUUUUAUGGUUUACCUCUGUUGGAGGAGGCUUCAUUAAAUUAUCCUACAUUGUGGUACACGUAUUAUAGUAGCUGUCCUCAAGAUGGAGAGGGAGGCUAUUCCACAGAGUAUUUCAGACUUGAUUUAAAAGGUCUAUUGUAGGGUGUUAUUUGAUGAAAAUAGCAAACAGACAGAGAGAGAUGGGAGGAUUUUCAAGUGCGAAAGAUCGUAUUAAGGUGAAGCACAAGCUGUUUAUUUGAGCUCGUGACACAACCAAACCUUUCUUUACUGCCUCGCUCUGUCGCUUUCCAGCUGAACUGUGCCGAGCUGUGCUCUAAUUAUUGCGGUAUCGUGACCUACAAAGGUCCAAAGAUCUUAUUUCUAGGGCUGACUCAAGGUGCUUACACACAUGAAGCUGCUUAAACACAUACUCAUGAGCAGGCAUAAUCAAAUGCCUCUUACAAAUUCACUCACCAUCAUUCAGCUCACAACUACUUACUAGCCUAGCUCUCUCUCUCUCACCAACGUCCGCCCUCGCACACACAUAAAAUGGAGAAAACUACCGACGGUCACAUUCAGAAAAGGUAUGUAGUGGCCGAGAUACGAACCCAUGACAUGCGAUUUCCGAUUGCUGCUGUUGUGGUAACAGACACUUUAGGCACUGCGCCACCGAACAAAGGUGGGUUUUUUUUUUUUCUCUUCCUAGCCCAAGAGAAAGUAGGUCAGAAGAUCCUAAAAAUACAUCGUUGUAAAGUUUAGGUAAUAUUUCUCGGCCGAAUUCCAUUCCCGACGAUUGCUUUACCUGUAAUAACGAUCUACUAAAAUGCUUAGUCACCUAAGUCUGUUACUUCAUGUUUGGACAGUUAAAUUGUCAAAAAUCUUUGUCGCCUAUGUAAACGUAUUUUCAGUUUCAGAAUAACCUUCUCUCGCUUUAUCCAUCGUCCCUCGUAGCUGCAGCAGGUAAAUGGCAUGCAUCACACCUGUCAGUCAAGCAGACCAACUCUUGUCGCGUUCGGGUUGAUUUGGCAAGUGUGUCGGUUUGUCCUUUAAGACCACGUGAUAGGUAACUAAACUCUCGCAGAGGCAGGUGAGGGAAGGGGAAUGAUUUCCAAAUGUUUGACUGGAGGAGAAGAGUUUAUCUGGCAAUAUGAACGUUUCUUUGCAGCUUGCAGAAAGUUUCAGGGUGUGGCAAGAGUUGAGGGGUAGGCAGACGGACAGAAAUGUCAACAAAAAGUGUAGAUCGACAGACACGCUUUUUGUGCAAAUGUAAGCAUAGAUAUUUGAGUACCUGGGUGGAUGUUUGCGUGGCAGACACCCAGAGUACCAGUGUAACUGAGCGACAAGCCGGACUGGUUCAUUAGAAGAAAUAUUGUAUUGCAGUUUUCUCUCCACUGUGCUGAUUCCAGACAUCUCUUAAGCCGACAUGUUGCAAAAAGUGCUGAUGGACAGCAAGGUGCUGGUGCAUCUGCUAGUAUGCAUCUUCGCCAUCUCCUCCUGGGUGGACAUCAAUGGCAUGUGGGUGGAGCUGCCCAUCCUGGUCACCCACCUUCCUGAAAAAUGGACACUCCCAUCUUACAUCACUAUUAUUAGCCAGAUUGCCAACAUCGGACCUAUCAUUUUUGUGUUGAUCUCCCUCUGCUUAAAGAGAACGCAUGUGAAGAAACUUACCCUGGAUAAAAUCACUUCUUACAUCAUCAUGAUAGUGGGGGUGGCGUCCACCCUUCUGCUAGCUUUCUUCUGGGAGGAGACGAUUUUCGUGGACGGUGCGGACAGAAGCUUCGCCCUACUGGCCCUGAGCUUCUUCCUCUCGUUCGUGGACUGCACCUCAUCCGUGGCUUAUGUUGCCUUCAUGGCAUCCCUCAAGCCGGUCUACCUGUCCAGCUUCUUCGUCGGGGAGGGUCUGAGCGGCCUGCUGCCCGCCCUCAUGGCUCUGGGACAAGGGGCGGGGGAGAUCAAGUGCGUCAACGCUAGCAGCACCAGCGAGAGGAACGUCAGCGGCAACGUCGUCAACGUGACGGACUACUACGUCUACCCUACGUACCUGCCACCCAGAUUCUCGGUGCAGCUCUUCUUCCUCCUUCUGUGUGGAAUGAUCUUUCUGUCCAUGGUGGCCUUCUCCUUGCUCAACUUCUGGGGCUACUGCAAGGACCAGCUUGUGGCCGUAUCCACGUACAACCUCGAGGACAGCGACAACCUCAGAGAUAGCAUCGAUCUUGAGGACGAUGUCAAGGAUUUGUCCUUUAGAAAAACGUCCUACUCCUAUGAGAUGACAGUCAGCUUGGAGGAUGAGGUUGGUGUCAAUAACCAGGACUUUCCGGCUUCCCAGGCAAAGGAAAAAUUACCAAAUCAUGUCGAGAACAAAGUUGUCAGUGACGACAGUGCAGAAGUUGAACACCAGAAGACCUCCAAGUUUGUUCUCUUCCUGCUGCUGCUUCAGAUUGUGAUUAUCAACUUCCUCAUCACAGCCUUCCUUCUUUCUAUCCAGGUGUAUUCCAGCCUGCCUUACGGGAUUGACACGUACAAUCUUGUUGUCACGUUGUCUAACAUCGCCAACCCAGUGGCGUGCAUCAUCUCCGUCUUCCUGUCCAUCACCUCGCCCUGGAUCAUCUCCCUCAUGACGACUUGUGGCCUCGGAUGCUCAGCAUACAUCAUCGCCGUUGCUUGCCUGAGCCCCACACCCCCGCUAAUAGGGACCAGUUCCGGGGGACCUGUUGCAGUGGCGGUGUGGGUAGGAGCCUCGUUCUUCCUCACCUACGCCAAGAUCUCGGUGGCCGGCGUCAUGCGCCAAGUAGGUCGUCACGCCCUGAUAGUGUAUGGCGCCCUCACACAGACCGGCGCCCUCCUUGGCGCUGUGACCGGCUUUGUACUCGUGAACGAGGUCAAGGUCUUAAAGGAUGCUUCCUGGUGCUGAGGGUGGAAACGACCUCACUCACAGCAGGGUUGUUCUAGGUAGUGCUUGUCCUCAGAUCAUCGAUACUUUAUCUUGUAUGACUCACAGUUACACACCGUCAACACACGACAGCAUGUCAUUCUUUCAUUCCACAAAACAUCUGUUGACGUCAAGGAUUGAAAACAAUUGACUCCUUUCUUCAACACACAAACAACAACAAACAAAUAAACACACUCGAAGAUGCGACUGUUGUGACAACUACGCUGAGAAUACAUCGCAGUGUUGACACAAUACCUAAAACAAAGUGAAUAUUAGUUCACUGAUGAGUUCAAUAAACUAACAAGAGGGUUGUUCUGGCCAAAAUGUUUCCAUUGUUUAACGACAUGAGGCAGAGUUCAGUUCAGUGUCUGACUGCAAGUGUUUCUGGUGGAUUACAAGUCCUGUGUAUUGUCAUGUUCGCUAUCAGAAAAAUCAAGCACAAAAAUCAGACUCACAAUCACAAAUAUGUAUUAUAAGCUCACUCUGUCACACACAUCUAUUAAAAAACUGAAUAUUGUGUAAACGAAAUAAUUUGUAUUUGUUGAUUUCUCUCAUUUCUGAUUUGCUGCACCACCAUUAUGGGUGAACUGAUUAACCACUUUUUUAAUUUCCUUCUGGAAAUACACAAUGAAGAUUUCGCAGUAGAAAACAUUGUUAAGAUUAAUUCUACUUUAAAAUAAUGAUCAUGUAUUAAAAGAAAAAGUGAUAACAUCAGCGCGUGCUCGCACGCGCACAAACACACAAAGCAAACGUGUACGCAUGCGCACGCACACACAAAAGUAAAUGUGUACGCGCGCCAACUCUCUCUCUAGAUAUUUCGCCUGUUGAGCACACUCCACACGGGUCAGAAGCAAAACAAGGAUCCAAGCUACUGAUCUUUCAUAUCACUUUGGCGUUUAAACCCAGAGGCUUUCCGGUUCGAUUGCCGUGUGGUGCAAACUAAUUCCCUUCAGUUGACCUAGCUGUGGAGGUGCCUGAGGUACCUCACUGUCCAAAGAAAUACCAUUCAGAUCCAUGUCCUCACAAACUGUGGCUCUGCCCAGUGUGCAUUCAUUCCACAUGGGACAUCACAGUGACAGCACUUUUAUACCAAACUGACACAGUUAUGACCUCAUGCGUAAAACCGUCUCAAUGGUAGUCUCAUUUACAUAAAAAUAUCACAGUAUUUUGUGUUAACACAUACUUGCUCAAUAUGUUGUUCAACCAGCUUCUGCUGUACAAAGACAAAUACAACAAUCUGUGAAAAAA